AUGGGUAGUAACCUCCCCGCAACGCCCUCAAACCCCCCUUCGCUCAUCAACCUGCAGCUGGGCUGGCCCUCCCCUCGCCUCUUCGCAGCAAGCGCCCUUUUAGAUGGCGCAACUCAAGUCCUGACCUCGGAAACCGAAACUGCCGCGGCGCUCAUCUAUGGUCCUCAUAUCGGCUUUUCUCCUCUCCGGAAGAGCAUCGCAGAAUGGUUGUCUUCGGUCUAUCGCACGGAGAUAGACCACGAGAGAAUCUCCAUCAGCAACGGCGCGUCUGGCAACCUGGCCAACAUGUUGCUAAAGUUCACCGACCCCCUCUACACGCGCAAGAUUUUCAUGGUUGAGCCGACGUACUUUCUGGCGUGCCCAAUCUUUGAAGACAAUGGCUUCCAAGGCAAGCUCGCUGGCGUGCCUGAGAACAACACAGACGGCCUUGACAUCGCUUUCCUCCGACGUGAACUAGCCAUCACAGAAGCUCAAGCCGUCGAGGAUGCCGAGAAAUUCGACCGACCCGACAUUCCCACCAUCAAAGUGGGCAAAACAUACCCCAAGAUCUACAAAUAUGUCAUUUACAUCGUUCCAACCUUUUCGAACCCCAGCGGAAAGACGCUUUCCCUUCAGAUUCGCAAAGACCUUGUCGCGCUCGCGCGAGAAUACGAUGCCCUCAUCGUAUCAGACGACGUCUACGACUUUCUGAGCUGGCCCGAGGACUCAUCCGCUCCAGAUGACGCAAUCGAAGCUGUGCCGCCGAGGCUCGUCGACAUAGACCGCGACAUGCCCGGCUACAGUAUGUGGGGAAAUACCCUCAGCAACGGAUCUUUCUCCAAGGUGAUCGGGCCUGGUGUCAGAGUCGGCUGGGCGGACGGCACGCCGGCGUUUGCCAAAGAAUUGGCCGAAGUAGGGUCUUCCAGCUCGGGCGGCGCACCUUCGCACCUCACGUCCACCUUUGUCGACAAGAUGCUACGAAGCGGCAAUCUGCAGACACAUAUCAAGAAGACCCUCAUACCGACAUAUCGUAAGAGGUACUACGCACUCAUGAGCUCCAUUCGCGAUGUUUUAGUACCACUGGGCGUCAAGGUGGAAGAUAAUAACCCAGAGGGUGCCGCGGAAGCAACGGCAGGAGGCUUCUUCACAUACCUGCGGCUUCCAGAAGACCUCCCAGUGGCAAGAACGGUAGCAUCCAUAGCCUUGAAGGAAAAGCUACUUCGCGUUGCAUUCGGGCACAUGUUUGUUGUCAGUGGAGACAAGGGGAGUGUUCAGAGAGCAGAGUCGAAAGGUGGGUUUUCGAGACUCAUCAGACUGUGCUGGGCAUGGCAUGAGGUAGCUGAGAUCAAAGAAGGCAUUGAGAGGCUGGCGGCCACCAUUGCUGAUAUCAGAUUCAGGUUGGAAGCUGGCGAGAAUAUUAGUGAGCAGGUCUCCAUCGAAAUUAGGUAG